AUGCGGUUUCUACCCUGAUUAGCUCGCUGUUGUUUUGUGUUGAUGGCAUUAGCAGCACACCUCGAAACACUUUUAAACACUUUAUUUAUUCACAUCCAAAGCUUUAAUCAUGAUGCAAUUCCUUGUCGGCUUCACUUUGGGGAAUGUGGUUGGGAUGUACCUCGCACAGAACUAUGAGGUUCCAAACAUUGCAAAGAAAAUUGAGGCCUUCAAAAAAGAUGUAGAAGCGAAGAAAAAGCCUCCUCCAGAGUGAAGCUAAUGGACAUGAAUUGUUGGUCUAUUUAUUAGGAAUAGUACACGUAUUGAUGACACUUUUUUGAAAUUAAAACCUCCCAAAAGAUUUUAGAUCACGUUUGUGUUAAAGAAGCCCAGAUUUUUGUUCAGCAGUACCUACAACUAAAUUAGUUAUCUAUCUGUCUGUCUGUCUAUCUAUCUAUCUAUCUGUCUGUCUAUCUAUCUGUCUGUCUAUCUAUCUAUCUAUCUAUCUAUCUAUCUAUCUAUCUAUCUAUCCACACAUGCAUGUAUUUAGUAAUGUUUGUUUAAGUGCUGGAUGUCGUCUCCUGGAUAUUUGUUACAUUUUCAUGCACUUUAGUCAAUCUGAUCAGAUUAAAGCAUUAAUGGAUAAUCUGUAUAAAAGUGGAACAGAUCAUCCCUGAAAGUAACUUCAGUCUCUGGUCCAAAUAAAACAACUUGUAGAUUAUUAUUAUUAUUAUUAUUAUUAUUAUUAUUGUGUAUAAACAAAGUCCAAAUGCAAUUUAUUAACCCAGUAAAAGGCUUGAUUGGUUUAAUAUUCUAGACAAUGUGUGAUAUUUUAUAGUGAAAGGCUAUACACACAGUGAUGAUGAACUUGUAUGUACAGUUCAUUAGCUUUAUAAAAUAUAUUUAUAAAGCUACUUCUGGUGAGACUGGGUAAAUAAAGUGUGAAUAUUUCACUAAGCUGUUAACAUGAAUACAAACUGGAAACUGUAUUUGAUGUGUAAUAAUGAUUGAAGAAUAAAUAUGCAAGUUCUGGGAAUUA